CGAAUUUUAGUGCAAAUAAAUAUAAAUAGAACACUACUAUUGUUUUUGGUUAAUAAGUAUUAAAUCUUUAUACUCAGCUUGAUUUCAAUAACGGCACUACAAAGAGCACUUAAUAACAAAAAAGAAGAUAUAAAACAGACAUUUAAAAAGACAGUUUAUGUAAGGUAAAAAGACAAAAAACUAUGGAGCACAAAUCGCGUUUAUUUAGCCUUAUGGAGGAACCAACCAAUCUGUGAGAUUUUCCAAAUAUUUCUGAAAAAAACCAACCCUGUAUCUCUCACUGUUUCCAAUAUCGUUAUAAUGUGACUCGAAUUUGAAACACUUUGUACAGGGUGGUUCAGUUUCUUCAAAAAAAUCAUUAUUGAUAAUUCUUCAAUGUGAAACAUUUGAAACAUUGGUAAAAUGACAGCGUUUCUAUGAGGUUAAAGGUUAGGUUGAUAAAUAAAUAAAAGAUAAACCAAAGCUUUGUCACUAUUCAUUUAUAUAAGUUAAAGAAGGAUAAACAGACACGGCACACUAGAAAUUAAUAAUUUGCUUUCUCAUUAUAUAUUUAUCCUUCUCUAACCUACAAAAUUAGAAGAGGAUAUACAUUCAAGCUGUUACAAAGCAAAAUGAAAACGCUACACUGACGAGUUUUGAAACUUGACAGACGAUUGGGUCCUAACCUCAAAAGUAAACAAUCGAUUACUCAGCAAAAAUUGGAAAUUUAAAUCUCUGGAAUCCAUCGACUCACUGGAAUUUUGGGAUAAAAGGCUUCUAUAACCAUGACGGUUAUAAAUAAGAUGGAGAUUGAUGGUGGAUCAAAAGGCGAAGGUUUCCGAUCCUACUACAUCACCAAAAUCGAAGAACUACAGCUUGUUGUAGCUGAAAAAAGUCAAAAUUUGAGGCGUCUACAAGCUCAAAGAAACGAACUAAAUGCCAAAGUCCGUAUGCUUAGAGAAGAACUCAUGCUGUUGCAAGAACAAGGCAGCUACGUGGGCGAAGUAGUCAAACCAAUGGACAAGAAAAAAGUCCUGGUCAAAGUCCACCCUGAAGGAAAAUUCGUAGUCGAUAUUGACAAAAACAUCGACAUCAAUGACGUCACUCCUAAUUGCAGAGUGGCUUUGAGAAACGAAAGUUACACUCUACAUAAAAUACUUCCCAACAAGGUUGAUCCAUUGGUCUCUCUUAUGAUGGUGGAAAAAGUGCCAGAUUCCACUUACGAAAUGGUGGGUGGUUUGGACAAACAAAUCAAGGAAAUCAAAGAGGUUAUUGAAUUGCCUGUUAAACAUCCAGAAUUGUUUGAUGCUCUUGGUAUUGCUCAACCAAAAGGCGUUUUGCUUUAUGGUCCACCUGGAACUGGUAAAACUCUUCUAGCAAGAGCUGUAGCCCAUCACACUGAAUGCACUUUUAUUCGUGUGUCUGGUUCUGAGCUGGUACAAAAAUUCAUUGGAGAAGGAUCCAGAAUGGUGCGAGAAUUGUUCGUUAUGGCUCGAGAACACGCCCCCUCUAUCAUUUUUAUGGACGAAAUCGAUUCUAUUGGAUCGUCUCGUAUCGAGUCUGGUUCAGGAGGUGACUCAGAAGUCCAAAGAACUAUGUUGGAAUUGCUGAAUCAACUGGACGGUUUUGAGGCAACUAAAAACAUCAAGGUCAUUAUGGCGACUAAUCGUAUCGAUAUUCUGGAUCCGGCCUUGUUGAGACCCGGUCGUAUUGAUAGGAAAAUCGAAUUUCCACCACCGAAUGAAGAAGCCCGUUUGGACAUUUUAAAAAUUCAUUCACGCAAGAUGAAUUUGACAAGAGGUAUUAAUCUGAGGAAAAUUGCUGAGCUAAUGCCAGGGGCUAGUGGAGCUGAAGUCAAGGGUGUUUGUACUGAAGCUGGAAUGUACGCUCUGAGAGAAAGAAGAGUCCACGUGACCCAAGAAGAUUUUGAAAUGGCAGUGGCCAAAGUUAUGCAGAAAGAUUCAGAGAAAAACAUGUCCAUCAAAAAGUUGUGGAAAUAAUUAUUUUACGUAUGUAUUGUGCUUUUGUAUUAAUUAAGCUUUUUCUGAAAAUUAUUGAUUAAAUAUUAGGAAAAUGUACACUUACCUAUUUAUUCUGUUGCCAAAACCUCCUAAUCCUACUAUACAUCCAAGGACAAUGAAAUAAUACACAAAACUAAUUGUUAAAUAUUAAAUUAUAAUUAUUAUUCAAUUAGAUAGGUACUUAUCAAGCUGAUGUGCGUUAAAUUUAAAAUGUGAAAUUUCAAAAUAAGAAAACAUUUUUCUAAAGCCUGCCGUUUUCAAACAUAAUUAACCAGAGUUUUUUAACAAUAUAAAAAUUAUUAAUUUUAACAGUUUUUUUCAGAUAUGCCCUACUUGUUAUGAUACUCCUAAAUUAUUAAACCACUAUACUACAGCCUUUAUAUUGACUAGCUAGUAUUAUGGCACAAGGAAUAUUUUCAACUGAGUUUCUAAAUGUAAAAUGUUGUUGACUUGUUGAGCUUAUACAAAUCCUAAGGAUAAUUUUAGUAAUUACUAUUGCUGAAAAUUGAUAUUACUUGGCCUGUACAGGCAAAGAUAUAAAAAGCUUCAAGAAAGUAGGUAGUGCUCAUAAUAUGUACAAUCAUUUUUGUAUAAAGCAAUAAUACCAAAGCAUUAAUUAUUUUAUUGGUCAAUUCGUAAAGAUGCUAUUUGGUCUAUUCUAGAAAAAUAUAUAAAUUUGUCGCCUCGCUUAUUCAUAGAGAUAGAUAUGUAUUUAAAAAGGUUUAUUUUUUCCUAAAGAUUUCGUAUUAAUUGGACCACAAUACAGUCUUAAAUCUAGGACCUAAUAAUGUUUUUUUAUACAAGGAAUGAUAUAAGCAUUAGUUAUUAGGUGAACUUUCACUAGAGAGGCCUCAAGAAUUAUUCAUCUACUGGUAAGAAGUAAUAAUAUGGGAAAAUUUACUGUAUUUUGAUAAGUGGUUUUCAUUUUCAACUUAUGACAGCCAUUUAGCCCGAAUGAAAACCCCUUAUCAAUAAAACUGUGCCGCAAAAGCCUCACAUUUACUGUAUUUCCCCAGAAAAUUGGUACUUUAUUAAUUGGUUUCCCAGUAGAUUUACAAUAAAGGUUGCUAAUAUAUAGGCCUAAUUAUUACCUAAUAAGACAAAUGGACGGUUUACUAAGCUACAAAACGUAAAUCCUUACUUCAGUCUAAUUAUUGUGUAGAAAGAACUAAAAAAAAUCCAAUAUAGAAGGCCCCUUUUUUUUGUAUAUAAAUACACUCGUCAAUGUAAAUAUGGGGAAAGGAAAAAAUACAAAAUACUAUUGUGAGGACUAGGAAUCUACAACCACUUUUUCCUGAGGCUGUUGCCCCUGCGCCCCCACAUUAGGUUGUAUCAUACGAUGGUGCCUUGCAGUUGUUGCGGGUCUCCGGUAGGGGGUAGGGCCGAUUGAGA